UAAUCAGCGCCAGCAACCACUACAAAGGAACACGCAAAGGGAGCAAAGAAAACCCGAAUCAACUACGACUUCUGUGAAGAUGCGGAUGAUUCAAUGGAUUUAUUUGUUGCUCAAAACUUGUAAAACAAUUAUUUUAGUGGUAAGGGAAUGUGUACGUGACUAUUAUAAUACCUUUAAAUUGAAUUUAUGUCAUUUGCAGUGUAAAACGGGAUAAAAAUAAAAAACGUCAAAAAAGUAUCGAACACGACGAGUGUGUAUUCAUUCCCGUAUACACCGUCGAAGAGGAAGAUUCAGAGAGCCACCACGCUACUGAACCAUCGUUUCUCACUCUCAGUAAUAAAUUUGAUUGGUCAUGCUCCCUGAAGCAUGUUAGUCAAUGAAGGUAUAUAGCUACCGCCCUGGGAUGAAAAGCGCCGGUCAGAGGGAAACAAAUUUUGUUUCGUUUAGGAAAAAACACUUCAUUUUUCAAGCGCUGGUCGGCAAAUAUUGACUAAAUAUUCUCAUCAUAUCCCAUGGAAAACAAGAUAUUCGUCUAUGAAUUCUGAUCAUAAGUAUUUUCACAAAUUCAACUGAAAUGCGAAAGAAUAUCUAGAUAAUUAGUCAAAUCGUUGGGAAAUGUCACUGCGAUCUACAUUAUUUGUAAUCACAUAUACUGGACUGUCAACAGAAUAGCUAGGCUCUCUAAUAUAAAUGAUUUAUUUUAAAAAAUAUAAUCAAACGAAUUCGAAGUUCUCAAACUUACGAAACUUUAUUAAUUUCUCUGAUUUAGAAAUUAUUCGUUCUCUUUCAUUCUGUAUAUAAUGGAAGAUACAGCUCCAGCACAUGUGAAUAUUUUUCAAAGAGUAUGGUUUGUAAUUAUUUGAAGACUAUCUUAAUCUAUCUUAAUAUUUUCCGCCUAAAUUUAACCAGUAAUCAUCCCACUAUCCUUCUCAAUGUUCAACACCAAAAAUCACUUUAAGAUACCACUCGAACAACUUUCUUAUCUGAGCUUCAAUUCUUCCGACUGUCAACCAAACUCCAAGCAAACGUUCCGAACCAGUUUCCCACUUCCAUCCGUCAAGCUUACACACGCCGGUCGGUACUCAAAAAUGUCCGCACUCUUACUGUCACUCGCCCUGUCAAUCAUCCUGCUGGCAUCGCGAUCAAACGCCGCCAUCGGACCGCCCAGCUGCGAAGGCUUCUACGGGUGCAUCUCGUCGCUGCGCCAGUCGGACUGCGGCCAGGGCGAGGUGUUGAUUUCCGGCGCCUUGCUCAACGGGUGCUGUCCGGGAUGCCGCGGCGGCCAGGGCCACAUGAAGGUCUGCAACGUGAACGUGGCCAACCGGCGGUGCGCCCCGGGUCUCAAGUGCGCCGAUCGCAAGUGCAUCUACGAUCGAUCGACCUGCCUACACACGAUCCACAUGAAAGACGAGGACGAGUGGGCCGGUUGGUAUCCGCGGUGCAACCUGGACGGGACGUACGCCAGCAAGCAGUGCCGAGGUGACCGACUCUCCGGAAGGUGUUUCUGCUACAGCGAGGAUGGGCGGCGCAUUUUCGGCUGGGAUUGGUACAAGGACGCCAGCAAAAUGACUUGCGCGUGUAGUCGUCGUCGUGCCAAACUGGAAGCCGAAGGUCGUACGGGAGUUACCCUUCACUGUCUGCCGAAUGGGAACUACGAAGCGUUGCAGUGCGAUUCCGGGGUAUGUUGGUGUGCUAAUGAACAUACUGGAGAUCCAUUGGUUGGGUCAACGGUCGUACACGAUAGUUUGUGGCGAUUGCUACCGUGUUAUAACAAUACGCUGCACGGUGAUUCAUACCUUCGGCAGUGCGAAAGUGCAGCCUUUGCUCAGAAGAAGAUCCAGCAAAAGUUUUCGCUAAGGGGUACCAACGGAGUGAGUUUCAACGAUGUUCGUUGCGAUUACGAUGGCAGUUACGGAGCAUACAAGAUUGAGAAUGGAGUAGUCUACUGCACUUGGCGCGACGGGAAAAAGAUCGGCUCCUACCAGGUUCGCUCCAGCAUGGUAUCCGCUGUCAACUGCAACUGCGCCCGGGAUACCGUCAUCUACCAGGAGGCCGGCAUCCCAUUUACGCUGGCCUGCGGUGGCAACGGCAACUACGAGUACGCCCAGGAUCAGAACGGGCAGCUCUUUUGCGUGGACGGAGACGGAUUCGUGGUGACGACGGAUUUACGGCCCAACGAAAGCUGCGACAAAUUCAUCUACAAUUCGAACUUUUACAAUGAAGAUUGAGUACGCUCUUGGUGGGGGAUUGGGAUUUGUAGCCAAUCGAUUGCUUGUCUGGGAAUAUAUGAAUAUAAG